AUGCGGGUUGGGUCGACGGGCCGAGGUCGGUCGCCAGCGCCGCCGCCGCUGCGCCGGCCAACAAGCAAGACCCGCACGGAGCUGGCGCCAGGGACCAAGGCCCUUGCCAGCGCGGCGCAGGUCCAGGCGAUGCUCAGCGAAGUCGUUCGCAUCGGCCUCCAUCGCGCCGAGGACAUUGCGACGUUGGGCGAUCGCGCCGCAGUCGCCACGCGCACGACCAUACUGCAAUGCAAAUACCGCGAGGAGUGGCGCUGCAACCGCGAAGAUAGCUUGCUCGACCAACUGCGUACUUCGCCGCAGCUACUGGCUGGCGCGCGCGAAGAAGACGAGUGCAGCCUCGUCGCGUACUUUCGGCGCAUCUUGCACGGCAUGGUCCAGACAAUAGCGGGCCAAGCCGCUGCUACGGACGACAACAAGACACCGUCCAAGGCGCAGCAACUCCAGCGAGCCAUCCAGCUCGACCGUAUCAUUGGGCGCAUCGAAGCCCACGAGCCGAGUGAAAUUUGUCGCGAGAUGGUGGCACUCUCUCGCAAGCAGCUUGCCGACCUUCUCGUCGAAAUGCCAGAGAAAAGAGAGGAGAACGCUGCUUCAGAGGCCCAAGCGGCCCUGCCACUGAGUUCGAUGGUCACCAACGUCGUGCGUACCCAAGCAACGUACCUGCCAUCGAGCCAGCCAAGUAGCUCGUUUGAGCGGCUUGUUCACGCCCAACGCUACGCCAAGGACGUUCGUACCAACGAGACGCUUGCCAAAGCCCACCGCCGGAUCGUGGCCAUUCGACGAAUUCAGCGCUGCGCCGACUACGUUCGCUUUGGCGACGACACGUGGCGUGGCUACGUCACUGGGACCGACUGCGGCGACGGCACACGCCGGCUGCGCACGGACCUACUGCAGCUGACAACGCCGAGCGCCCACGCUGCUGCAUGCGUGAUCCAAUGUCAUCUGCGCCGCGUACUGGCACGGCGGCGCGUUUGGUACCUCAAGUGCAUGGCCGCGCACCGUGCGACGCGGCACGAGCGUCGAUUGUGGGCGGUGCGGCAGCAGCGUCACCAGGUGUGUUCGUGCUGUCUUCGCACCUGUCGAGGUGUACCCUCUUUGGCGCCAGGCCACGGCGCCGCUCGUCAAUGAGAUGCUCGAGUGGCACUGCAUGGUCUCAGUCGAAGUGGCCGUGACGACGCAGUCUAUGACAAACGAAAGCGCCGACUUUGAGCGACAAUGGAACCACUAUGCGACGACGCUGACAAAAGCGUGCUUGAAAGCCAAGCUCAGCGACGAGUGGGUACCACAAAUGGACGUGCGCAAUGGUGCGUGCUACUACUUCAACCUCAAGACCGCUACGACUCAAUCGAGCCAUCCGAAUAUCCUUUUUCAUUCGAUACGAUUGGAUAGUACGAUCCGAUUAUUGGCUCCUAGUUUGCCUUGACAAAUAUUGUACAUUUGCAAUUGGCCGACCGCCUUCUUGCCAAGCAGCGCCGGCGAGCCCACGACUUGUACAAGGCGCGCAUGACCACGUUAGCAUCGCACCUCGAGAGCCUCCGGGCUCUGCAAGCAGCCCACACCGCCGACCUCGACACCCGCUUUCGCCAAAUGCAAGUGCCACAUUGUCGCCCCGUGUAAAGAUGUCGAGAACAAAAUCAUAAAUACGAGGUUGGGUUUAGACCACUG